UUAUCGUUCGAACUCUCAACCGUGUUUACAAAAAGCUUCAUUCAAAAUCCCUUUUAUUUGGAUUUAAGGUUUGGCCACUGACAACAUUCUUGAAAUAAUAAUUAAUUACGUUUGGGACUUUUUUGUAGACUGGAAACACUUCUGGUGUUGCGUAUAUAAGAUUCUACUGCGUAUAUAACAGUCGUGUAUGAUAAUAGCUUGAAGACUGACUUAUAUAAAAUAAUAAAAUAAGGAUUAACAUGAUUAUCUUUCAGAAGAAGAUGUUGUUAAACGGUUUAUUGGCCGGAAUCUGUCUGGCUGUGAUAGUUGAUGCGACCAGCUCGAAGUCACCAGCACCGACUCAGGCACCAACACCAGCACCAACACCAGCACCAACACCAGCACCAACUCAGGCACCAGCACCAACUCAGGCACCGGCACAAGCGCCAGCGCCAGCACAGGCACCAGCACCAGCACAGGCACCAACAGGAUCGUCAGGUAGCAGCGGUGGAGGUAAUGGCGCGACCGGGAUGAAAACAGGAUCUUUGCAGAAGUGGAUAGGAAUGCUCGUCACAGCACUGUUUAUGCUCUCGUAUUUCUAAUUCCAGUCAUAUAUCAGCAGAAGUCUUCAUCAUCGGUCCAUACACUGUAUAGUCUUGUGACCAAAAACCUAGACUGUAAUAUAAUGAAAUAUUAUAAUUCAAAUCACAUUUUAUUUGACAUUUUACUCAUAUACAAGCAAGCGGAUAUUACAUGCAUUUGCAAAAAUGAAGUUCCUUGUUUUCCUUGUUAAACACAUUGCAAUCAUUUUUGUUAAUUAAAUGAAUUACGUAUA